AUGAGCGUACCUCCGACUCAGAUCAAAAGCGAACCGCAGGUCAAGCAAGAACGCAACGCGAAUGACGAGUGGCAAACGAUACCAUUGAAGUCAUGUGGGGAAGAGGACUUUGGUGAAAAUGCCCGGGUGCAUAUCAUGAAAUUUGCAUUCAAGAACAACGUGGAUAUAGUCAAUGACUUUGCGAAGCCGGUGAGGCUACAUCGGAAGGAUCCUAGAAACAUGCAGUUCCAUCUUACUCGACAAGAGCUAGAUCAAAGGAAAAGGGAGAAGGAAGAAGCUGAACGGCAACGUCUCAAGGAGGCAGAGGCAAAAGAAGCAGGAAAAGAAAAAGCAGCAGCAGCAGCAGCAGCAGGAGGAGGAGGUGGAGCUAGUAGGCUCGAGGAUGAGCCGGAUUCUAAAGACAAGGCGGAUUCUAAAGAAAAGGCCGACCAAAGUAAAAUAGCACCCGAGGAGCCCAAACUCAUGCGAGGCCAGGCCGACUUGUCGCAGAUUGCACCCGAUGGCAAAGCGCGCAAGAAUAAAAAGAACAUGUUUAAAAAGAAAACCAAGCAGAUCAAUCUCAUGGAUGAAGGGAAACGGAAGUUGCGAUACGAGGAGCACUAUCCCUGGGUGAUUGAAGAUUAUACCGGGAAGAAUGUCUAUGUGGGCAACUACGAGGCAGGAUCGACCGAGUUGCAGAAUGUGCUAUUUGUUUUCGACAAGGACGGCUUCAAGAUGAUCCCCGCUGAGAAAGUGUAUCGUUUCACUCCGAGAAACAAAUACGCCACUUUGACUUUGGAAGAAGCCGAGGCAAAGAUGGAGAGAAAUUCGAGUGUGCCGAGAUGGCUUAUGAAGCAUAUGGAGAAUGACUCGCUCACCGAAGGUUCACCUGAUCAGAGAUUUCGAAAUAAUGGCUCUUCAUCUAACGGACGAGCCGGUGGUGGUUAUGGAGGAGGAGGAGGAGGAGGUAGAGGAGGUGUUGGUGGUGGUUAUGGUGGGGGAGCAGGAGGUGGCAGAGGAAGGAUGAGGUCGGUAUUGGGAGGAGACAGCGGGGCAAGUGCCAGUGCAAAUGAUAGAGACUCCGACCACGACGACCUAGAUUUCGAGGAAGAGUUUGCCGAUGACGAAGAGGCGCCGAUCAUGGAUGGCGACGAAGAGGAGAACAAGAUGUCUGAGCGGAAAAUCAAAAAGGAAAUGCUAAAGGCUGCUCAUUUGAAAGCAGAGGAGGACGCUGAGGUUGACGAUGACUUGGAUGACCUUUUCGAGACUGAAAAAAGCAGAAAAGUCGACAAGGAAGGGAAAAAAUUGAGGAAAAUGUUGAACAAGAGAGAAGGGGGAAUAUAUGACAGCGAGGACGAUGAGCGAGAGCAGAUGCCAUACUUGUCGAGAUCCGACUUGGAAAGCGAAGAAGAGAGCGAAACAGAAAACAUCAAAGUGAAAGUUGAAGGUGGAACUGACAGUGGCGCCGUUGAAGAGAUUGCCAAGAAACCAGUCAGUGUCAGGAGAAUCAACGCUUCCUACCUCGGCGACGGGUUUGUUCUUGUGAAAGCUCCCAAGGAGUUUUUAGAUACGUUGCCUCCAGGUGAGUGGAGUCCCAACGGAAGAAAGCGGCCAUCGCCUUCGUUGGAAUCGCCAAUGAAGAAAAUCAAGCUUGAAAAUGAGCCCAGCUUAGCGUCGCCAAGCAAGAGGGACUUUUCUCCGUCCGGUUCUCCUACCCCAGUCCCCGCCAAGCCACCACUGGCUUCAAGUACACACGAUUUGAACGAUGCCGGGCCAUCCAAUCUAUUGGUCACCAUCAAGGAUGUCUUGGAUAUAGUGAGAAACCACCCACUUACAACUAAGGAACUACUUGUUGGAUUGAAAAGCAGAGUCAGCGCUCACGUUGAUAACAAGCAGAGGAUCAUCAGUAUCGUCAAGCAGAAUUUGAAAUUGGUUGAUGGGAAAUUAGCACUUAGAGACUGA